AUGGAGUCACUGAAGGCUACCAUGACAACUCCUAGUGUUGCUCAAAGUCAGUUUCGAGUUCCAAUUACACCAAUGUCAUCGCUAGACUCAACUCCUAUAAGAAUAGAGACCCAAACCUCUGAUCAACAAACACUCGGAGGGACAUCGACUCCAACGUUAGGAAGUCAUUUUGUCGUAGGAGGUUAUCAACCUCAACAAUCUGAACAUACUGAUGUGCAAACAGAUGGGACAAACUGUGGAGUUCUAAUGACCAACAAUGUGGCCUCCGACCUACCUACGGUCAGUCUCCCUACAACUGGCCUGCCUACGGUCAGCCUUCCUACAACUGGCCUGCCUGCGGUCAGCCCUCCUAAAAUUGGCCUACCUGCAGUUAGCCUUCCUACAACUGGUCUGCCUACGGUCAGCCUUCCUACAAUUGGCCUGCCUACAAUCAGCCUCCCAGCAACUAGCAACUUGGGGGUUGGCAUUACAACGUUUGAUCCUCCGACGACUAGCAACUUGGUGCUUGUCACUAAACUAUUCACUUAUAAAAGUAAUUAA